AUGGAGAUUAAUCAACUCCCUAAAAGUAAACUCGAAUAUCUCGAAAGACAGUGGUUGAAACAGAAUCGACAGGUGCCCGACGUUAACGGUGUCCUCAUCUAUAACUUCUUGGAUGAUAAUAACGAUCAUUGGGCUAAUACCGGUGUCCGGAUGUAUGACGUGAUUACUGCCAUCAAUGGAUCAAAUGUGCGAUUGCUGGACGACUUGUAUCGGGCCGUCGAUGAGCUCAUAAUAUCGGGUGUAAUGAAUGUCGUGAUAAACGCUGAUGGAGUGGUCAGACGGCUAGUACUUCAGCCGACGGUCGGCCCACAGAUUGCGCCCUCUGUUUCGUUAAGUCUAUGGACUGAUGGCUAUAACGGAAGUCACGCGAGAAUUCAUUUCUAUGAGAAUAUAACGACUGCCGGCUGUGGGGUUGGGAGGAAAGGGAGGCUUAGGGACAACACGUGCUUCACAUACCAUCCAAAUAGUGAUGUAAUGUUUGCCGGCAUUCAAAACGGACGGGUAGUCCAGACGGGAGAAACGCCGUGGACUGUGUAUAUCACAUCAAAUCGUGGCAGUUGUGGAGCAAACUGUACGGUGACUGACAUUCGUGUAUAUCCGGGGCUAACGAACCAAAGCGUUGCAAACCAUACAUACUAUACGGGCGGUCAGUAUUUCAUUACACCCGAGUAUGAGAGCAAUCAAUGGUUUUCUUAUGACUUGGGGCUAAUCCGACUCAACACUGCUAUACCAUUGGACGGGCCGUCAGGUGUGACGGGAAUUAACGCCAUUUGUUUGCCCGAAGAGUGGGUCGUAAAUGAGGACAAAGAGUACGUCCUAUUGAAUGGUUUCGGUGUUACCGACGAUAACGGCACCGGUUCUGGUGUACAACGCAUUGGCUUUGCGCGCAUUGAGAGAGCACUCAAUGAUCCCAACCAUACUUUGCAACUAAACGCCGCGCUUUACGCCCGACGCAUACCAUUCCCGACCGGUUCGGCUACAUGUAAGGGUGAUUCUGGCGGUCCCAUUGUUCAGUACGUUAAUGGCGUGGCUGUUGUAAUCGGCAUCAUAUCAGGCACUGAUGAAAAUCCGGGAAAGUUUUGUGUGGAUUUGGUUGAGGACAACGAUAUUAUAGGUGUUCGGGUCUCACAUCAUAUUCAAUGGAUAACUAACACUAUAAAUUAUUUUUGA